AUGCCGCCGUUCGCUAGCGCAAUUUCUCGGCCGGCGGCGGAGGAUGCGGUAAUGGGGACCGACCUGGGAUGCCUUGCCAGUGGAGGACUGGAAGGAUGGUCCUUUGCUGCCGUCUCUAGAAUUCUGGGGGGGAGCCGCUUGACCCCGCCGAUGCCGAUGGCACGGAGCCUGGUCCUACUCGUCGCCAAUCGGACCGGCUGUCGGGGCGGCUGGACGGAUACGGGUCACCUUCGGCCCACGGUCGACGCCUUGGGGUGUCUAAGGCGCCGUCCAGCCUUUCAGUACAUCCGCUCGCGGCCUAGGACUAGCACGAUGUCACCCAGCCUACCACAGCGGAGAUGGAAUGCUACUAAAGGGCUACUCUCGUGGAAAAUACAGACAUUUGCCGGAAGUAGACAAUCUCACAAGAUGAUUCUCGAGUACCCUUGGAUUAAUAAACAUGUGAAAGGCUGCUUUUUCGUUGCCUCUCGCCGAUUGAAUCUCCAGACGUCAAGACUGGCGAUGAUCGGAGCAGCCCCAAGUCUCGUCGUUGCCAUUCCCCCACAACUACGAGGAUCGCUACAAGACGAUCUUACAGACUGGUUUAGAAUGUUUUCAGAAGCCCACAAAGUGACUCCAAGAUGGAAGGAGCAUCUCUCAUUCAUUGCCUCCGCCGCCGUAGUAUUCAGAGUCAUACUCUGCAGAGUCCACGAAGUGUCCCAACAAAUUCUGCGUCCUGACGUCUACCUGCUCUCGGUCUUACUCGCCCGGCCGCCUGCAAACUCAACAUCAACACUAUCGGGAACGUCGCUUAAAGGGUUCCAGGGCAAUGUCACUGUUGGAGCGAUGCCCUCUAUGGCGUGUCUUAAGACCGAGCGAUCGUCUGAUAUCUGUAGAUGCGCGUAUAGCGACGAAGAACAGGAUUGUAUAAUUCACUUUAACCAGACGCCCUUUAACCGACGGUAUCUCGAGGCGAAGAAAGUACACUUAGCAUUAGAGCCUAUCUGGCUCAUUGCGAUGAUCGCAGACGGUCUUGAUCCCUUGGCUCUGGACUUCAAUCCGUGGAACUUGGGCAUGAUGAGAGCCCGCCGCCCUAGAGUCAUCAAGCUGGAUCACUGUCACAAGGAAGGGUCCCCCCAUAUGUCUGUUUUCUUUUUCUUUGGAUUGCCCGAGUCUAUCGAGAUCAGGAAUUUCGUCCCCUCAUUUUAUUUAGACAGUCACGGGAUAAGCCGCGACGGAGUUGCUUGCAGCCAGAGUCGAGAUCAGUAUUGCAAACUAUCAGGGGUCGAGAUCACCUCUACCAACGACGAUAUCUCCAUGAUUUUUUCAGCCAUACACCAUACGAGUAAUGAUUACGUGACAGCCAACGUUACGGAGGGUGACCACUUGAUGAUCUCCGCCGAGCACAUUUCCACCGUAAUGGCGGACUCUUUCGACAUCAUAUCGAUAUAUAUCCGACUGCUUACGCAGGACUCAGACCCCUACAGCCUCAAAUCCCAAUUGAGACGGGGAUCACCCAAGCAUAGCUGCCUCAAAUACCUGACACUCUUCUCGAUGGACCCAAUUGUGUCGAAAAGGAACACAAAGACCCGCAGCAAGAUCACUUUAUCUGGCAAGACACCACGGGAGAUGGCAUCUAGGGGGAAGCUUGUAAAACUCAAGUCCUUUCAAUGGCAAGGUAUGGCUACGGUCAAUCUCAUAGGGAAGCACAUGAAUACUGAAAAGGACAUGAUGGCUCUGACGAACAUGCCAUCAUUUCCUCGCACAACUCGUCCCGGUACAACAACCAUACGAAAUAGUGUAUCAAGUCACCUUUCACAACAGAGGAAUAACGAGGCGAGCAUGAAAACGACACCCAGCAGCGAACCACGAUUCAAGGAAGGAGAAAAGCCGGCAAUAUCCCACCAACACAAGACACAAGGAAUCCUACGCAUAGGACGCUUUACAUCUCUCUGGCAUGUCGCUAACACCUCAAAGCCCAUAGAGCAAGAGCACGGUGACGUAAUACACUUAUGGAUGACCUACAAUCAACGAAAGCCCCCUUUCCCCAAAGAGCAACGUCCCGAUUACCAUUCCCUCAGCCCACCUGAACUCACAUUGAAUAUACGAGCCGAUCUGUGCCCAACACCGUGGCGAUACACACGCCAACCCAACGCCACAGCUAUCUCCAACAAGACAGAUGACCCGACGACGACGACGACAUCGCCCACAGUCGCGAAAAUCUCGCCGCGUCCUCGUCGCGCAGAACGCGUCCGAUCAAGAAAACACGGCAACCCCAACUCGUCCAGGAACGGGCUUACAUACACCCACACACAUAAUCACGACACCAUCAAAGAAAAGACAAGAGAUAACCCCACAAGCCGCCUGAAACCACGCGGCGCCCUUUUUUGGGAGUCGAUCCCCCGUUGGCCGCGCCCCCCUCUCAACGGCUUCUUUGUCCUCCGGCGCGCCGGCGUCUUUCAGCCCAAGGGGGAUCUUAAAUUGAUAGACCACAACCAGGAACCCGUUGCUGCCACGAGGUUGCUUAGGAAGAAGAAGAAGACGAAGAAGCGACCUGAGCAAACACACACGCCCCCGGGAGUCUCUCCCCGCGAACCCGCUUCUCGCCGCCGUUCCGGUGGACGCAUCGCCGGCCAGUCACUUGACACAGCGCCGCCUCUCCGGGGAAACGCACCUCACGCAUCCCCUCGACGACGCGGAACCGCGGAGCGAGUGGUCCACGGCAUCCCAAAUUCCCUAGAUCUUGGCCGGACUCGUCUCCUUCUCUCACCCGAACUUGACGAGCCAACCGAGCCACCGAGCCAAACGUCAAAAAAUCCAAUACCUCUUAGACCGGCGAACAGACACAGUGGUACCUCUCUCUCUCGAUCCGCAGGUCCUCCCCUCCAUGAUCCAUCCGUCACCACCAACCCCCCUCGAGGAUCCCCUGGCUUGUCAGUGUCGUCCCAAGAGCUUUCGGCAUGUGACACGGACGCUUCAUCGAGUCAAGCAGCGCAGCCGCAGCGUCGCCUGGCGUGGACCGCGCGGACCCCCCCCCCAGCGCUCCGCCUGCCCAGCUCAUUUUUGCCUGCCGCGCCGUACAGUUCCUGA